AUGGCGCAGUGGCUCGAGACAGGACACACCAGGAGCGGACCAAAUGAUAAGCCGGCGGAGCUGAACUGCGUCAACGGGAUGUGGAAGAAGGAGGAAGUGGGCGAAUCCCAUGCUUCCUGUGAAGUGUUCACUCCCGCCUCCAGCUUUCUCGGCGGCAAGGUCCAGCACCACCCUAGCCACAUCGACGGCAAGACCAAGGCGAGACCGCCCACAGGCCAGCUUGAGCAGCAGCAAAACUACGCGCAAGUAGUAGUCCAGCAAACGUAA